AUGGAUCCGGAAGUUUUGAUGCAGCUCUUCAAGGGGCUGUCUGCCACAAAUGUCACCAAGACAGUUCAUACAAAGCCAUAUCCAGCGAUCUCACCAUCUCGGCCUGAACUUAGCCAAGCAGGAAAGAUCGUUCUGGUCACCGGCGGAGGGACUGGAGUAGGCUUCAACAUCGCAAAAGCAUUUGUUCACGCAUCAGCCGACACGGUGAUUAUCAUCGGCCGUCGUGCAGAUGUUCUUGCGAAGGCUGCCUCGAAUCUCAGACAGGAAGCUAUAUCCGUCGGCACAAGUACCAAGAUCAUUGACCGCUCUGUUGACGUUCUUGACUCCGUGCAGACCGAUAGAUUUUGGGAUUACCUUGCUACUCAGGGCAUUACUGUCGACGUAUUCGUCGCCAAUGUGGGCAAGAGCUCGGUGCCUAAAUCGUUGAUCCAGCUUGGUGCAGCCCGGGUUUGGGAGGAUUUUGAGAUCAAUGUCAAAUCGCCGCUGUUCUGGACGGAGAAGUUCCACAAUCAGGUUGGAGACAAGAAAAAGUAUCUGAUCAAUGUGUCAUCUUCGGUCAUUCACAUGGCAGGAUAUCCAGGAGUUGGCGACCGACCUGCGUAUGUCUUGACCAAAAUGGCAGGCACAAUGUUCUUUCAGCUUACUGCUCAAAAUGUGUCCCCUGAGAAGAUGCAGGUGAUCAGCUUUCAUCCUGGUUCCAUCUACAGUACCGGCUGGGAAGCAGUAGGGCUCAAAAUUCCUAGGGAGUCAUUUGACAGUAACGAUCUUUGUGGUGCCUUUGCCGUCUGGGCCGCGACUGACGAGGCCAAGUUCUUACAUGGACGAUUUGCUUGGGCGUCCUGGGAUGUUGAGGAGCUCGCUACUGGGGAGCUUAGGAAGAGAAUUGACGAGGAUCCCUAUGUUCUCAGAACCGCGAUUUCGGGCUUGAACAGCACCAACUUAGCAUAA